AUGCACAAAGCGCGCGUUCGUACGGAGUCGAUGGUGCAGCGCUUCGCGAAGAAGCCGAUCAGUGAGGGCUUUGAUCUCUGGGAUUGCGGUUACCUCUUCGGCGCGCUCCGGCUGUUCAUGUUCAAGGCUGAGAGUGGCCCGCCCUUCCAGCUCGGCCCCUGCAUCGACGCGAUCGCGGAGAUCUCCGUCCAAAUGGGCUCCCCGGAGGACGCGAAGGAGCAGUUCCUCCUCGCGGCCGACAAGUACCGCAUCAUCCAGCAGCCCAUUCUCUCCGAGCUGAUGCGGAUCAAGCUGGCGGAACUGAUCUCGGGCCCCGCCGCCGCGCUGGAGCACCUCGAGGCCUACCUCGAGGAGCAGGACCCGGAGCGCGCGGGGAAAGGGGCCUCGGCGGAUAUGAAAACCCGCUGUGCCCUCGCCCGCAGCUACGCCUACCUCGCGGAGCUCUACCUCGCGCGAGGGGACGAGGACGACGUCGCCGACGCCGCGCGCGCGGUCGAGCUCGCGACCCUGGCGGUCACGCUCGGCUGGGAUCGCGUCCACCUCGGCGCGCUCGUCCUGGGAAAGGCCUAUGAGGUGAUGGGGCAGCUCGAGAAGGCGCGGGACGCCUACAUCCAGGCGAUCCAGCACUGCCCCCGCUACCUCAACGGCUUUGAGUACCUCAUCGACGUCCUCCGCCGGCUCGCCGUGCCGUCGAAGGAGCUGCUGCCGUAUAUGGAUCAGGCCAUCGACGCCCACCCCCGCGCGCAUCUCCUGCGGGAGAAGGCGUUCAUCCUCUCCGAGGUCGAGGGUGACGACGCCGCGCUCGUUUUCCUCAAGGCCCUCAUCGCAUCGCCGCCGCUGGAGGAGAUGGAGUGCGUGAGUUACGAUAACAGCGGGCCGACACUGGCGACGCUGCUGAAGGCGAAGGCCGCCAUUUUGGCGGACGGGGGGCGGUUUGUCGAGGCGCUCGAGGCCGCCGAGGAGGCAGUUAAAGCGUGCGCGAAGGAUAAGGAGGCGGAGAUGAUAGUGGCGGAUAUCAAGGAGGCUAUGAAAGCGUAG